AUGUUUCCACUCUCCACUUUUUUUUUCUUUCCUAAAAUUAUUUGUGCCUCUUUCUUCUUGACAAUAUUCUUCUCCCCCCCCCUGUUGCUUUUGCGGUGUGCUAGCCGCUUACAAGUGUUAUUAGCGAGGUGUAGAAUGGGUAUCUUUCUUGGGACGCUUUUUUUUGUUGCCGUCGGGAGUCUUGGUGCGCUAAGUGCACCGUUGUGGGCGAAGAGUCAAGUGGAGCUUGUCCGCAUCCUCUGCUUUACUGCCGCCUUCUGCUGCUGGCUGUCGUGGGUUCUCAUCUACAUGGCGCAGAUGAAUCCACUGCUUGUGCCCACACGAAAUAUCAAGAAGGAAUGA